GGAAAGCCCCUGGAAGUUCUUCCUUCUGUUAAAACGAGAAGUUUCACAUUCUGAUUGACACAGGCAAAUGUACUAAGAAACAGCAGAAGAUAGCCACCUGGAACCAAGAGAAUAUCCCACUGUCCUCUUGUUGGAGAGAGGAUGGGCAGCUGUUCAGAUGAUGAAUUCUGGGAUAGUCUCUUACGACGAUGCGCCAAGUGUACAAAUUGUGGGCAUAACUGGCAUAGUGCGUGCAAGACAUAUUGCGAAAGUUGGAGCUGCAAUGAGGCUGCAGGAUUUUAUUGGGACAAACUGCUGCGCAAAUGCAUCAAGUGCUCAGAUGUGUGUGGGCAACAUCCUCAACAGUGCUCAGAAAUUUGCUAUGGGAUCACAAACACAAAGGUGGAUACCCAAACUACUCUGAGACACUGUCUCUCGCACGAAGAUCAUUCCAACAUCCUCCUCUUUGCGAUUCUGGCAGCGAGUGUCUGUGUCGUUACUUGUGUAUUUCUGAUGCUGUUAGCCUGCUGUUUCAAGAGGUGCGUUCCUUCCACAUGCAGCACUGAGUCCAUCCACAAGACUAAUACAUCCUCAAAAGAUGGACUACUACAACUGAGUGUAGAAGGAGAUGACCAUAAUCAAAGUAUAUCCUCCAAUCCAUCAUUAUCUGAGCCAUCCGAAACUUGUAGCUAUUGCUUCUCAGAUCAGAGGAUCUCAGAUAAAGAACAAAAGGUAUCAUCAAACACAGCAACUCAUCAGUGCAUCCAAGUAUCAUCUGCAAAUAACACAAGAGUUCCUCCUUCUGCUGCAGUUUACAAAGAGAAGCCAUUUCAGAUCAUCUGUUCUCCUUCACAACCCAGCAUAAAAGAAACUCAGAGUUUCCAGGAGAAGUGUCACAUGAAAUAUUGAUGACUUUAAGCUUAAGCCAUUUAUUCUACUGAAAGUCAACUGGACUCCAACACCACUCCCACAGUAAAACUGGUUAUACACCCUUCCACUCGGAUGUUAAAAAGACAAGAUUUAGGCCUCUGCUUUAAUAUCUUAAAUCCUGAUAAAAUAUGGCCCAUGGCCAAUGGCUCUCCUCAAACAACAGUAGAGCUUGGGGGGUGGGUGAGGAAUGGGGUGAUCCAGUCAUCUUCAUCUUCAGACAGCUUGCACAGAAGAAAGGAUAGGAGUCACAUAAGACAAGCAUUUCUAUUGUAAAUGCCUUCAGUAAGAAUACAAGUCUCAGUCGUUAUAGUUGGGUGAGCAAAUGCACUGAACCACAUUGCAUCAAAAUCCUUUGGCUGUUCAGUCUGCAGAUUACUAUAUGCCUUUGUGCCUAUUGAAUGCAUAAAUAGGGUUGGAGGGCUGGAGCAACAUUGGCCAAAAUUCCAGCUCCUAAAUACCACUUAGUCAUGUCUUGAAAAACAUAUUGCAUGUGGAAUCAAAUAGCCAAUAUCACCAUAUACAUUUGUGAAAAACAACUGCAGUCCCUGUUGUAUAGUAGCCCAGCAAGGAACUUGGAAUUGUAGAUAUGGAAACAAAAAGUAGAAUUCAUGCAGGUAGUCACUGGACAAGGUAUUUUGACAAGCAGAUCUAGUCAUGCCACUUCCAAGCAAUAAUAGUGUGUUGUUACGCCUAUUGGAUAAGCAUUGCACCUUCAGAUUUUCAUGCUACACCAAUACAACAAUUCUUUGCUAAUUAAUCUUUGGGGCUCUGCUGCUAAGGUGACUCACUCAUAAAAGGAACUCUACCAUAGGACUGGGGAGGUGGCUAAUGGAAAAUUUUAUACCUCUAAUAGGAAAAAUACACAACAGACAAGCCAAAAUGGUUUAAGUCAGUUGGCUUACCCGAGUAGCAGGAAAUUUCAAAAGGUCAACAUACAAACCAAAAACUAGUGAAGACAUAGGAAAAGGUGGGGAGAAGACCUCUCAUGUCAUUGUUUUUAUUAUAUUAGUGCCUGAAACAAACAUGAUAGAUACAAGUUUAGUGUUUCAGUGUUUUGGGGUGGCAGUGCAACUUGCACAAAUUAUAGCAAAUGCCAUAAAUGGAAGGCAGAAUGACUGAGAAGCAAAGAGCCUGGCAUGCUGGUGGGGGAAAAUAAUGUUGGGAAGGAAGUAAGUGGGGGGUGGGGGGAAACGAGUGGUCAAUUUUGUACUAAUAAAACAGGAAAUGAAAUUGGCUAAAUGCUGAAAGUUUCCCUUAUUUUCUGCGUAAAUGGGAGACAAUUUGAAAUACUAAAAUUAGACAUAUUCCCACAAGUUGAAGUGCUAAAAUUGGAUGAGUAGAAACAUUAAAAUAAGAUUCUUGAAAGAAGCACAGCACAAAUCCAAAGCUAAAUGAUACAGCAGGAAAUAAAGUACAAUACAGAAAUAUACACAGUAAAAAGGCAAUUCUAGAAAGUACUGGUGUGGUGCAGGACUGACAGCUAAAAUUUCUAGCUUCAUUGCAGGAAGUUUGUCACAAUUUUCAUUGUUACCAAAAUGGAGAGAAGAUUCAACCAUCUUCCAAGUAUUUCAGAUGGAUGCAGCAAGUGGGGAGGUUGUUGCACUAACCCUUGCAGGGCAAACCAGGAAUCCAGUACAGGGAAACCCAUGUAAUGCAACGCAAAAACUAAGUCUCCAUAACAUGAAGACAACAUUAGGCAUUCUCCCAUAGUCAAAUGAUUUAUUUGCCAUUUUGCUUUUCCAGAACAUGAAAAAAAAAAUCAAGUGAGAUUACAAAUGAAAUUGGUACUGCAGGCAAUACCACAAAUGGAGAACUAGAAUAACACAGUGGGGGCUGAUUUCAAAUAUACAUUACCCUGUCCGGAGGAUAUUAAACGGGAGUCCUUACAUUUCAUACUGAGGACAGUGCAUUAACAAAUGACCCUUAACACGGGAUACACUUGAACCACCUGGCAUUCCGGGAAACAGUUUCAUUUAAGCAGCUUUUGUAUAUCGAACACUAAGACCCACAAAUAAAAAAAGGACAACAACUCCCAAAAUGCACUGUGAUUAUCCAAGCUCAUGAACUGAGCACAUCUCCUAUAAACUGCUGAGGCUGGUCUUUUUUUGUCAGCCUCUUGAGGGCAAGGUGUGUGAAAGCAGUCCAUAUUACAGUUGGAUGUUUUCACUUUCCUCUUGCUUUUAAAUCCAUUCUGCUACGGUGAACUACACAUCAGUUGAAGUUGAUGAAGAGCCAGUCAUUGCAGGACUGACUGACAUUCUGAAGGCCAAGUGACAUGCUCGAGACUUUUGCAUAAUUGCAGGACAGAAGAUCAAUGAAAUGAACUCUCCUUUUUGGGUUUUUUUAAAAAAAAAAAAAAAAAAAAAAAAAUCACUGGCAAUGACACCUUUGGAGGUUCUCUAACUUUACUACCGAAAUGGAUGAUGUUGUAGUUAAUGAUUAGCAGCUGUCCUUUAAUAAUAACAGGAUUAUCAAAACUUGCAAUCCUGUCUUUGCUUUCAGGUCUAAGUCAGUUGACAGUCAUUAAGCUAUUACAUCAUCAUUUUAGGCAAAUGUGUGCAUGAAAUCUGUAACUUUUUUAAUCUUUGUAUAAAUCAUUGAUUGUACAACUUCACAGUAACAUUUAAAAAGUACAGAUGGGAAUGUAUGCAGGGAACAUAUCUUACCACAAUAGUGAGGAAUUUGUCACUUGACCUCAAAUGCACAGAGAAAACAAUUCUCAAAAAUGUAGCUUACACUGCCGUGUAGACAUUCCACAUGCCAUACCCAAAUACUUAGUUUCUGCCACACUGCACUAUACACAGGGGCUGGCAUUUGAAAUGCCCACAUGGUACUUACACCGCAUUCACCUACAUGUAAACAGCACAAGUUCUACACUUCACUGCAGUUACAAGAAAACCCAAUACUUAGAAGGCCAUUUGAGAAGAAGGAACACAAGUGAAACACAGCAAAAAAACUUUCUGCCCACUGAUAUUCAGAGCUGAGAGUUGUUUGUCUAGAGUAAUGCAAGGCACUGUGGAACCUUACUUUGUUGACGGUUUAAAAAAAAAAGUGAGGCACUGCUCAACAUCAAUAAUGAUACCACUGGAAGGCCAAGGGGUGUGACAGCAUUAAAAUUAAGAUAACUGAAAGUGUUUCCAUAGUCUAAAUGCAGCCUCAUUUGGGGAUAACAGAUUUCCUGAUGCAUAGGUUUAUUUCUCAUGCACUGGAGAUCCAAAUAUCUUUUGCCAUAUACUACUACAUUGAGAAUAACCUUCAAAUGACGCUGGAAAAAUAAAGCUGGCUCAAUUUCCAGGUCUGUAAACAAGUAUUUAAAUUUUCUACUGAUACCGUAAAAGGUAACACAGAAAUGGUAUGAACACAAGUACAAAAGGGGUCAAACUGCUUGGAACAGAUUAUACAGCCCAAGCAAAGUCAGUUUUAGUACACAGGAUACUAACUAGAAAAUACCAAUGAUUCCUGCAAAGAUAAUCUAGAAGAUCCCCAUGACCAAACUUCAGGAAUAUUAAAAUAAAGUGCAAUGAAUGACACAGAAAACAUUUCAACAAGGACAAACCGCAAUGGGUUUGAUGAAAUUGAAAACGUGCAAGAACCAAAAUUAAACCAGAGCCAAAUUGAGAAAUAUAAUAUGCUAACUUUAAAAAAAGGCUAUUGCAGCUACACAUUCUCAAAAUAAACAAGAAAAGCAAAUUACUGUUGUUGCCUGCCUUCUAUGAAGGAAAGCAAAAUAAUUUUAAAAAGUACAGGAAGUGCAGCAAUCUGGGACUUCUCUUGAACUGCUUGUGUUGGUUGAAUGAAGCUACCUAUAUGCAUCAAUUAGACUUCCAGCUAUUGAAGCUCAAAAAUAUUAACUUUUUUUAAAAAGUUGACCUUGGCUAACAUGACUAAACAGAACCACUAGAAGUUGAAAUUAAGAGUUCCACAGUGCCUUGCACUUGUUGAUACUUUUUCCUGACAGCUAGCGGCUAUUGAGAAUGCCGUGACAAAACACAGAGCUGUAGCUACUGGAAUAGGAAUGCCAUGGGCCCUUAAAUUUGAAUGACUGUUCAAUCAUCUACUUACGGUGUUUUAUCAAAAUUGUAGAUCAGAAGAACACUGCAACAUUCAAAAAGCAAACUAUUUUUCUUGAGUAAUGGAAGGCAGCAAAGCAUUUCAGCUUCAAGUUGCAAAAACAACAGGAUAGUCAGACAUUUGGUACAGUAAGGAUGACAAUGCUAUAUUACCAGGGCAUACUUGAGAACUGUUCAGAAGAGCAACAUGGCAUCCAGGAAGCUUGCUGAUCAUACUGACAAUAUUAUAAUUUAAAUCUUCUGCUUUAUGAAUUUUUUUGUGUACCUCAUAACAUGUACUAACUUUGUCUUCAGUUCACAUUGUGUGGCAUUCUGAAAUAAACAGGAUCAGUUACCGUGGAACAAGUUACCCAACAGCAGCUGCUCUCAAACAUACUGUCUCACUCAAUAAUAAAGUACAGAAUAUUCAA